AUGUCUGAGAAACGCUACGAGACGCUCUGCGUGCUGGGCUGCGGCAACUUGGGCACAGCCAUCAUCAACAAGCUUGUCGGUGCAGAUGCAGGUCUCCCGUUCACUAAGAUCACCGCCUGCGUCCGCAGCGAGAGCUCGCAGGCGUCUCUCGAGAAGCGGUUCCCCGGCACGCUGACCGUCCGGCGCGGAGACAACGCCGGCGCCGUGCGGGACAGCGACGUGGUGAUUCUCGGCGUCGACCCGACCGAGGUGGAAGAGGUCCUCCAGCAGCCGGGCGUCCGCGACGCGCUCGCCGGCAAGUUCCUCAUCACGGUGGCCGCCGGGUGGUCACGGCAGCGGCUCGAGACGGCGCUGUACGGGGACGAGACGACGGCGGAGACGCAGCCGGAGAGGGCGUACGUGCUGCGGGCGCUGCCCAACAUCGCCGCGCUCGUGGGCCACGGACUCACGGCCAUCGAGACGCCGGCAUCGAACCCGCUGCCGGAACACCUCGUCGCGCUCGCCGAGUCGGUGUUCCAGCGCGUGGGGCAGACAGUGCGCCUCCCGCCGCGGCUGAUGGACGCGGCGACGGCGGUGGGGGGCUCGACGCCGGCCUUCUUCGCCGUCAUCUGCGACGCGAUGAUCGACGCGUCGGUGGCGGUGGGCCUGCCGCGGCAGACGGCGAGGGAGAUGGUCACGCAGGCGAUGCGCGGGAGCGCGGCGCUGCUGCAGGAGGGCGGGCUGCAGACGGGGGAGCUGCGCGACCGGGGCACGUCGCCGGGCGGGUGCACCAUCGGCGGGGUCAUGGUGCUGGAGGAGGGGGGCGUGAGGGGCCAGGUCGGGCGGGCGCUGCGGGAGGCGGUGACGGUGGCGAGCCUGAUGGGCAAGGUUGAGAAUACCGCCAGCACUCACGUCCUCACCAUCACCACCAUCAGCGACACCACCAUCACCACCACCGCCACCUCCACGAUGGGCGACGCCGCAGCUCCCUUCCCCCACGUCCCGCCGGCGGGCGUCUGGUGCCCGGCCGUCACCUUCUUCACCCCCGACGACGAGCUCGAUCUCGACGCGCAGAAGCGCUACUUUGCGCACCUGUCGCGCUCCGGGCUCGCGGGCCUCGUCGUCAUGGGCACCAACUCGGAGGCCUUCCUGCUCACCCGCGAGGAGCGCGCCCAGCUCAUCGCCGCCGCCCGCGCCGCCGCCGGCCCGUCGUUCCCCAUCAUGGCCGGCGUGGGCGCCCACUCUACCCGCCAGACCCUCGAGCUCGCCCACGACGCCGCCCGUGCCGGCGCAAACUACCUGCUCAUCCUGCCGCCCGCCUACUUUGGCAAGGCCACCACCAUGGGCGUCGUGAAGCGCUUCUUCGCAGAGGUCGCCGCCCGCGCGCCCCUGCCCGUCGUCGUCUACAACUUCCCCGGCGUCUGCAACGGCGUGGACCUGGACUCGGAGACCAUCUCCGCCAUCGUCCGGCAGAGCGCCGAGGCGAGCCCCGGCGGCGUCUCCAACGUCGUCGGCGUCAAGCUGACGUGCGGGUCCGUCGGCAAAAUCACCCGCCUGGCCGCCACGCACAGCCCGGACGAGUUUUCCACCUACGGCGGCCAGUCCGACUUUCUCAUCGGCGGGCUCGCGGCCGGCAGCGCGGGGUGCAUCGCCGCGUUUGCCAACGUCUUUCCGCGGCUCACGGCGGAGAUCUACAGGCUUCACAAGGAGGGCAAGGCGGAGGAGGCCAUGAAGCUGCAGCGCGUCGCGGCCCUGGCGGAGAGCCCGUGCAAGAGCGGCAUCGCGACGACAAAGUUCGCCGUGGCGUGCUACUCGGCCAAGCUGGCGGGCAUCGACAACGCGGAGGCGAAGCUGCGGCCGCGGCACCCGUACGAGGAGGCGCCCGAGGCGGGCAAGAAGGCUGUGCGGGAGGGCAUGGCCGCGGCGGCGUCGAUUGAGGAGCGGCUGCAGCGGGAGGCGGCGGCGUCGUCGUCGUAG